UCUCUCUCUCUACCUCUCUCUCUACCUCUCUCUCUACCUCUCUCUCUACCUCUCUCUCUACCUCUCUCUCUCUCUCUCUCUCUCUCUCUCUCUCUCUCUCUCUCUCUCUCUCUCUCUCUCUCUCUCUCUCUCUCUCUCUCUCUCUCUCUCUCUCUCUCUCUCUCUCUCUCUCUCUCUCUCUCUCCCUCUCCCUCUCCCUCUCUCUCAGCCUGGCAUGGGGCUCCUUCACCUGCUGCAUGGCAGCUUCCGUCACCACCCUCAACUCCUACACCAAGACGGUCAUCGAGUUCCGGCACAAGCGCAAACUGUUCGAGCAGGGUCUCAGGGAGGAGCAGAACUACCUCGACCAGGAGGCCUUCCAUUACUUCAGGGACCGCUCCCUCCAGUCCAUAUCCAGCUCCAUGGAGGUCUACCCUGGGCACGGGGGAGGAAGGCUGCCUGGGGGGCCUGGAGGCCUGGCGGGGUCCGGGCUGGUUGGAGUACCAGGGAGAGGGAAGAUGAGGGGGUCCUCAGGUUCCAUCGACCUGGGAGAGAACUCUGAGUCCCUGGGGGAGGAACAGUGCUGA